UCCACUGUGUCAUUUGGAAGUCUGAGCCCCACGCGGCCACUUCACCGGCACGUCCAAAAAGACAGCACCGGGAUCAAGGUGGUGGAGGAGGAGGUGGAGGUGAGGAGAGAGAGAGAGAGAGAGAGAGAGAGAGAGAGAGAGAAAAGGGGGAGGGAGGGAGUGAUAGAAGAAGAAGAGGAGGAGGAGGAAGAGGAGAGAGAGAGAGAGAGAGAGAGAGAGAGAGAGAGAGAGAGAGAGAGAGAGGGGGAGAGAGACAACAGAUCCACGUAGGGAAGCACAUGGACAGAACAUUUAGUUCCCGGGAUGUGAGAUGAGAGAGGGCCGGGGCUCGAACUGAACAGACGCGGGUGAGGCAGCAGCACGGAGGCGGAGAGAAGAAGAAGAAGAAGAAGGAGAAGGAGAAGAAGGAGCGCACGGGCGACUGUUACCGUGUAACGCCCUAGUGCAGAAAUGACCACUGAUCAGGAUUUACCUAUGGAUGCCCAGUCAGCCACAGCCAUAUUUGCGGCGAAGGGCAUUGAUAUAACACCCAACAAAGACCAAGGAGUCAUCAAGGUUGUGAAGCGUCCAGGAUUAGAUGGAAACCAACCGAUGAUUGGAGACAGAGUGACUGUACACUACACUGGAAAGCUGCUCACAGGGAAGAAGUUUGACUGCAGUCGAGAUCGUAAAGAACCUUUUUGCUUCAAUUUGGGAAAAGGACAAGUCCUAAAGGCGUGGGACAUCAGUGUGCUGUCCAUGCAGGAAGGAGAGGUGUGCACGUUACUGUGUAAACCAGAAUACGCUUAUGGAUCUUCUGGAAGUCCCAACAAAAUCCCUCCCAACUCCCUCAUAGUGUUCGAGAUGGAGCUGCUCAAGUUCGAAGGAGAGAAGCUCACAGAUGACGGCGGCAUCAUUAGAAGAAUAAAGGUCAAAGGGGAGGGAUACACAAAUCCCAAUGACGGAGCAACUGUAAAAGUGCACCUGGAGGGGAGCUGUGGUGGUCGACUGUUUGACUGCAGGGACGUCACCUUUGUUGUCGGUGAGGCUGAAGAUAAAGGCAUUCCUCUGGGAGUCGACCGAGCCAUGGACAAGAUGCAGAGAGGAGAGUGCUGUGUACUUUACCUACAACCAAAGUAUGGAUUUGGAAGCGAAGGUAAAUCAGAGUGCAAAAUUGGACCAGACAAAGACCUUGUUUACGAAGUUUCCCUCAAAGAGUUUCAAAGUGCUAAAGAAUCCUGGGAAAUGGAUUUGAUUGAAAAGCUGGAUUUGGCUGGUGGAGUGAAGCAUAAAGGGAAUCAGUAUUUUAAGGCUGGGAGAAUCUUCCAGGCCAUCAUCCAGUACCAGCGCAUUGUUUCCUGGCUGGAGAUGGAGUGUGGUACAGGGAUGGAUCAGCAGAAGAAGAUACAAGACGUUAUUAUGACGGCCUACCUUAAUCUAGCAUUGUGUUUCCUGCGGAUAAAGGAGUUCUCCCAAGUAGUGGAGAACUGCAACAAGGUGAUUGAGAUUGAAGAGCACAACGAGAAGGCUCUGUAUCGUCGCGGGGAGGCACGACUCCACCGCAACGAGUUCAUCUUCGCUUUGGCAGACUUUCAGCUAGUGCUUCAAGUCAACCCCUUGAAUCGAGCGGCUCGUGCUCAGAUUUCUCUCUGUCAGAGCAAGAUGAAGGAGCAUCACGAACAGGACAAGAAGACCUACGCUAACAUGUUCCAGAAAUUUGCUGAACGGGACGCCAAGAAUUUGUCUGAAACACUUGUCUUUCAUACAGACUGGGAAACCGAAGAGGAGGCGGAAUGAGAGCACGAGGAGCAGCAUGAACGGAGAAGUGGGAAUCAAACGACGGCGGAGUAGUCAGGACUGCCCGUCGUACCAGUGACACUUGAAAGGGGGGGAAAGACAAGCCUCCUUUUGCUUUCCAAGCCCAGGCAGCAGAGGCAAGGACAAAGUCAAAUAAAAGCCUCUAAUCCAAACCUUUUUAUCCCAAAAUCCAGCGUCACCAUUCCUGCAUAUAAAACAGAGUGUAAGCAGGAACAUUUCCAAGCCAAACAGCGUCUCUCCUGUCACAUGGACCGUGCUACUGCCAGGACGCUCAUCCCUGUGGAUUUAGUACAGCAGAAUCAGUGACUUAAGAUGGUGAGCUCUUCUAGCCCCGUUAAAAUAUAUAAAGUUUCUCCAAAAACACAGAGGAGUUCCACUUCCCUUGUCUUUAGGCUGUGUAUAGCUGAGAUGUGCCUCCACAGUGUGUUUCUGAUUCCAAAACUGCACUGUCAGACUUAUAUUUGGUAUUAAGCCUUUACUUGGGCAGCUGCAUGCAUGUGUCACAAGAUGUUUGGGAUUCAGACUUGAAACUUUGCAAUUUUUUGUUUUUUAUGUGCACUAUGUACUUUGGAUAUAAGGUGUUAAAACAUCCCGACAGAUCAUUGGUGUGUUAGAGGAGAACACAAUCAAUUCUAAGACGUAAGAAAAGUAAAUAAUCAUCAAUGUUUUGCUUCGACAUUGUAUAGACAUUCAAACAAACCUGAAAUCAUUUAAUGAUGGGAAAUACAGAAAAAAGACAAAUCAAGAACUUACCAAAAUUAAAAUCUCCUUCACACACGAACCUUCAGUAUCGUGAAAAAUAACUGAAAUGUUCCUCCUCGUGUUUCCAAUCAGCAAACAGCAGAAGCAGAGAGGAGAAACGGAAAAAAGCACAAACUACAAACAUAUUUACUGUGUUUAGUAAGCGAAUACCUAUAAAGGUUAAAUAUUUUUUUAAUGCCUAUAAAAGAACUGUUGGAAAGAUUAUUUACAGAAAUACAAUUCAAAUUUAGCAGUUUGUUUUUGGGCAAGGACGAGGCAUUGUUUCUGGCUUGAGUUAGACCAUGGUUGUGCAUGCACUAAAAUAAGUUAUUCAUGAAUACAUGCAUGAUGGGCCAUUAUUCAUUUGUUGUACUGUUAUAUUUUGUCUUUUUAAAACACAGAAGGCAGCAAAAACAGCAGAUGAUAGACGUCUAUGGGCAUGAUAACAGAAAAAAACAAACAUAAUCUAUAUGGACUGAUUACAUUUUAAACCGAAGGCAGCUUAAAAAUCCUUAAUAAAUAUAAAACGCAACUGUCAAACGAUAUAUAUAUAUAUAUAUAUAUAUAUAUAUAUAUGCGUUGAUCUAUCGCUUAACAGCACAGCAAUGAUUGUCAGCGCAUACACACUUUUAAUCAAACAAGUGAACGCAUGCUGCUUUACCUUUACUGUCAGAAAAUGUAUCAUCUGAUUCAAUCUUACCUCGAAGAGAAGGCAUUUGAUCCUAAAAUCAGCCCCAACCCCACCGUCGUGUUCGACAGGACGGACCCCCCCGGUGUUGUCUCUGUGCGUGCAGGCGGGAGACGGACACACAAAUCACAACUAAGCUUUAAAAACUUCAGAACCACAGAUUUUCUUUCAGUCUUUCACAAAUUUCACAAUUUUCUUUCAACUCUGGUAAUGUGAUCAACUCCAUAAUUUCACAUCGGUGCCGUUCUUUUUUGUUUUUGCCUCAGUCCCAGAAAAGGUGUCUCUUGAUUUCACUGCAUCUAUUUUGUGUUUUUUUUUUUAUUUUAAUUUUUUAAACGUGUGAAUGUCAGUGGAUAGUGGACAAUGAUGCACUUUGGUGACUGUAAAACCAACACUUAUCUUUCAUGAAAAUGUCUGGAUCAAAUCCGGACAAUAAUCUCAAGAUGUUUUAUAAUGAUCGGUUGGUUCAGAAUGAAAACCUUAGCUGUCUUAAAUAUUUUGUGUAAAAUGUCAACCGUGUGUAUGUGUGUGUGUUUAAUAUAUAUAUUGUUGUAUGCUAGCAAGGUUUUUAAACUGCUUGUUGCUAAAUGUUUUCAAGUACUGCUGGCUCUGAACAUUCAAACAUUUUGUACAGUGGAAAUGAGCAUGAAGUACUUUUUUCCUUAGGCGAUUAUACAGACUAUUUAUCCCCCUCUGCUGACUGCAGAUAGAUUUACAGGCCUCUUACUGCUACUUUCAUCACUUUGUAAAUUUCAGGAAUAUUUUUGGGGAGCUUUGACAACAACAAGCAGGACAACAUGCAGUGGGUUCAACUGCAGCCUGACUGAUGUGAGCUUGGUUUUAUUAGAAAGUGAAGUGUUACUGUUUGUCAUAUAAAAUGUUUUAAAUGUAUUCAAAAGAUCAUUGCCCUGUACAGCAAAGUGUGAGCAUUGUUUUAAACCAGCAUUUAUGCAAAAGAAAUAUUUUCAGACAAAAAAACACAAGGUACCUUUGUUCAUGUCUUCUUUAUAUAGUUUUUAUUUUUUUGCACUUUGAAAGCAUUAAAUAAAUGCAAGAGUUGCAUUUAAAGAAAUAUGUUAUUAUUCAAGUUAGAGGCCACUAUUUUACAGUAAAAUAUCUUCAGACAUUGCUUUUGCCAUUACAGCAAUAUUGUCAUAAAAAUUGUUAAAUAUGAAAAAACAUGGAGUUUUUGAGAGAAAGAUUUGAAAUCUUAAAGAAAUUGAGUAUGAGUUGACGUGUAGACUAACAGAACUGCAUUUUAUAACAUCUAUCCAAUAUAUAAUGGCCAUUUUCUUAAUUGCUUGACUUUACAUCUCUUUCCUGAAAUAUCACAUCUAUUGGUCUAAAUACAUUUGUAUUAUAACAAAUAUAAAUUAAAGUUGUAUUCUUUCA